AUGUCCUCACCUCAAUCAGGUCCUGUGGAAUAUCUAUACGCUCUGGGGUACAUUCUUUCGGGAAACGACGAUUUCGCCAAUCUGAUGACUAAUCGGAUUGACGCCAUUAGCACGGAUCAGACUUUUAACUCUAUUGAAAUGAGAACUCUGGGCAUGGGCGACUGCCCACUUCCCUCGGAGAAGAUAAACAUGCAGCACAAUCCGUUCUCUCUCCGAGAGUUGGGUGGACUAUUUAUAAUCGUUCUAAUUGGUAUAAUCAUCGCUUUCAUUGUCGCUGGUAUUGAAUUCGUCAUCCAGAAGUAUCCAAUGUACCGGCAGUGGAAAAAGGACGGAGAUAUCCGCUUUGGGGAGUCGUAUCCCAGUGAAGUAGUUGCUAUCCAGUAA